AAGGUGGAAGCAACCCUGCAGAUGCUGCAGUGCCAUGGGAGACAGAGCCAUUGCUCUGUGGAGAAGGUCCCUGGGCUACUGAGGGGCAUCACAGCAGAGCUCUCUCUGCUUCUUCACAGAGAAUGUCUGCCUAUGGCUUCCAGUGACUCAGAGGGGAUUUUGUAAGGAGGUUGAUGGUCACCUUCCUUUAAGUCCCUGGAUUGGUCUGUGGAGACUGUUGUCAGUCUCGAGUCAGCAAGGCAGAUGAAAGAGUGUUUGAAAAUGGAACAAGAAAGCCAAUGUGUGCACAGAGACAGCAGCCUUGCUGUCUGGCAGAGUUGAUUCUCUGUCUCUUGGGAGGACAGGCUCUAGAAUGUCCCCUUUUGCCUUGGAAGCAGAGGCAGAAUAGCCCUUUGAAACAGAGUCAGUCAGGUCACCUAAAAAAGUGUUCAGAUUUUGCUUUGAGACCAAUCCUAGAAAUGUAAGCUGCUUUGAAACUUGCUUCCUUUUGUAUAAGCAUUUCGACUCCUUAGGGUCUAGUGUACUUCCUCAUAACUAUUUCUAAGCUCACAUUGUGUGAUUCUACCCCCAAAAAGGGUCAGAAGACCUUCUUCUCAGGAAACAAGCAUGUUCCUUAAUCAUGCUUGCUCAUAUUUUACUGUUCUCCUCAGUAAAUCAUUCUCCUAAAGGGCUGUGAGCACACGCCCUCCUGCGUAGAUUUCUCUCUGGCUCACACUUCCUCUUCAGUGCUGAGUCUCAGCAGCAGGAUUGCCUUAGGCUGCACUUCUGCCAUGGCUCCUGCAGUUUUUCCAGCCUCCCUUCCUCUCUGUGUGUGCCUGCUGCUGGCCUCUGGCUUGGCCCAGGCAGGCAGGCUGCUGGUGGUGCCCAUGGAUGGGAGCCACUGGUUCACCAUGCAGAUGGUUGUGGAGAAACUCAUUCACAAAGGCCAUGAGGUCGUAGUGGUUGUUCCGGAGGUGAGUUGGCAGCUGGGAAAACCAUUGAAUUUUGCAGUGAAAACGUAUGCAGUUUCACACACUCAGGAGGAUCUAAACCGGGAGUUCAAGAUUUUUAUUGAUGAACAAUGGAAAAGUCAGCAGGAGGGAGGCAUACUUCCUUUUUUAGACUCUCCAGCCAAAGGUUUCUUCGAAUUACUGUUUUCACACUGUAAGAGUUUGUUUAACGACAAGAAGUUAGUGGAGUACUUGAAGCAGACUUCUUUCGAUGCUGUGUUUCUGGAUCCUUUCGAUGUGUGCGGCUUAACUAUAGCUAAGUACUUUUCUCUCCCGUCAGUGGUCUUCAGCAGAGGAAUAUUUUGUUAUUAUCUUGAAGAUGCUGCCCAGUGCCCCAGUCCUCCUUCUUAUAUCCCCAGAAUGCUCUCGAAACUCACAGACACCAUGACUUUCAAGGAAAGAACUCAGAACCUUUUGGCCUACAUGGGGGAGCGUGCAUUUUGUCAUAAGUUUUUCAAAAGUGCUGCAGAUAUUGCCUCUGAAGUUCUCCAGACCCCGGUGACUAUGACAGACCUCUUCAGCCCAGUGUCCAUUUGGUUGUUACGCACAGACUUUACUUUGGAGUUCCCCAGACCUGUGAUGCCCAAUGUGAUCUACAUUGGUGGAAUCAACUGCCACCAGGGAAAGCCACUUUCCAAGGUACACCAUCUUUCCUUUAGCACAUGAUGAGGUCAGCUUUGGAUGAUGAAGUUAUUCCUUGCUGGACGGUGGUUUGGCAUUUAUGUUCUUCUUUUUCAGUUCUUUUGAUGGAUUUCUUUUAAACAUUCACACUUAGUUGUGCAUUUGUUCAGCUGAUAAAUCUUGCUUAAGGAUGUGUGUGUAACGCUGACAUUCUCGUUUAUAAUCACCAGCCUGCAUUGCUUUUGACAAAAGAGUGAGAGACACAGUAAAAAUAUUGGUCACUUUGCUCAUUCUUGUCCUCUCCCUCUUUCUGUGGAGCUGCUUCAGCCUCUGGCAUCUGUUUCCUUAGCCAGCUGGGCCAUUCGCAUUUCAUCCAUGGGAAAUUAUACACUCACAUGUUUAACCAAAGUUAGCAAUGACCCUGUCUCAUUUGGGGAUAGUAACACUCAGACUUUCAUGUAUGUGCUGCAUGCUUUUUAGGGUUGU